AUGGGUUCGCCUUUCUCGGUCUGCGAGCCGCCGGAAGGGAAGCAGUCCGCCGAGUAUCACACCGAUGCCCUCGUCUACCGUCCCGGAAGUGACGUCUCCCCGCAGCGACGCCAAGGCGGCUUCCUCGCUCCGCGGGCAGAAGUGAAGGUGGCGACGGCACCUCGGCCUGCUGGCCAUCACUCCGAAGCAGUCGCUCCGACGGCUCCGACGGCUCCCAUCGCUGCAGCCACGGCCUAUGGAGGUCCGGUUGAAGGUGUCCUGCUCGAUGCUCGGGCGGAUGGCAAGGGCGGCGGCAGGCGAAAUGAUCCAAACAGGAAGCUGAGGGUGGAGAUCUCCGAGCUGAACUACAAGAUGCGAAACACGUGGGCUGUACCGACCACGCGCUACUUCGCGUUCAGAGAGGUCAUGAAGGCUCAGGUGAUACCUGUGGUGAAGACACCGAAUGUAACUUUCUCGAAGUGGUCCACGGCAGAUGCCCUGCUGUACUUUGGGUCUCAUCGAGACGUUUGUGCUUUGAACUUUGCAAACGGGGAGCAGGUGGGCGGAGGCUACAAGACUGGAGCGCUGGCACAGGAGGAGGAUCUUUGCCGACGCCUCCCCAAUCUGUACACUUCCCUACUGAAUGCCAAGCGGGAUGGCUUGUAUCCUUUCGGACCUCCAACAUGCCGAUCAAAGGAUCGGCCAGAGAGGUACUCGGACGUCCUUUUCACUUCAGACUUGGUUGUAGCGCGGGAGUCCGAAGAGCGUCGAUUUGAAGUCCUGCCGCGAGAGAAGCAGGUACGCGUGUCUUUGGUGACUGCAGCUGCACCGAAUAUCAAUUUUGCCAAAGAGGUGUAUGACUUGGACCUCAUGGCCAAUACCGUCCGUGCAAUCUUCCUCGUUCCGAGGAUGGCAAGGCCCGAGCUUGAUACCCUGAUCCUCGGAGCGUGGGGUUGUGGCGCAUUCGGAUGCAAUCCGCAGCAUGUCAGUGAUCUGUUUGCCCGGGCCGUCGUGAACGAGGGGCUUGGGAAUCUGUACAAGGAGAUUCAUUUUGCCAUUCCUGCGGAUGCCAACGGGAUGGCCUUCCGGGAAACCUUCGCCAAAGUUCCUUUCAAGGCAAGAGAGAUCCGUCACCAAGGGCUGCAACCUGCGCACUUCGCAGGAACUCUGAAGCACCCGGAUGCAGCAGCUCUUAUGAGAUGGGAUGUACAUAGCUCUGCGUGGUCAUGCCGAGUCCAAUGCAAAGAAUGUAGCUCGGUCUCUACUUUGCAAAGGCUUCAGAGGGCUUCUGACUCCCAGAUUCAUCUAGGUUCACAUACGCUUGCGGUACAGAGUCCUCUGAAAAGUCAAACCUCCGCUGGCGCACGUUCAAGACGGCCGGAGACAAAAUGA